UAUUCCACGGAGGCGGGGAGGAUUCGAGAAAGAGAGCCCUCCUCCCUCCUCCGCCGCUAGCUUCCGCACGGGAGGGGAAGAUCCUGUAAGAAUCGGGCAUCCUCCCCUCCGUCCUACUCCAUUUCCCUAGCUCUAUCCUCAGCUCCGCUCCCGGCCCUCGCCUCCAUUCCCGCGAGACGAGGGAGGAGGGGAGCAAUCGCUGCGGGAGGUGGUGAGAGGGGAGCGGGCCACGCCGGGAGGAGAGGGAGAGCGAGCGCCCCCCAAUCCUGAGGCGUCGUUCAAAUCGGCUCUCCCCCGGAUACCACUAGUUCUGCUUAGUGGUCAAAAUACAGAUACAAAUAGGUUAAAUAAAUGGGAGUCCAAGAAGAUCCAAGGCCUUCUGGGGGCCUGCAUGGCCUCUACGGGGUACAGUUUGCGGGUCAGUCGCUAUACAGUGAUGAUGAAGCUGUCAAAACUAGCAUUAUGGAUUCUUCAACUUGUGAAUCGCAGGAGGGUGUUGGCUCGAGCCGGCGUUUGCUAAUCCGGCGACUAUGGCAGCAGAGACCCCCAUGCUUGAAGCCCAUCCAUUGUAGCCUCUCAUGUGAUAAACAUGUUGGCGAAACUAUUGCUAAUGUUGUCACCUCACUUCCUUUCAUUGUUCUUGGACUGCAAACUCCAAGAAAGAACUUGAAUACUGCACUUUAUGCAAACUCGUUAAUUGGAGUUGGAAUAGCUUCUAGCUUGUACCAUACUUCACGAGGAGAAAUCAGAAAGUAUAUGAGAUGGGCGGACUAUACAAUGAUUGCCACUUCAACACUAUGCCUAUCAAGAGCUCUUCGGGAUGAGAAUCCGAAGUUUCUAAUGGCAGCAUCAACAUUACUCCUACCAUUUCAACCCUUGAUGGUUUCAGCCAUCCACACUGGGAUAAUGGAGGUCUCAUUUGCUAAAAGAGCAUCAAUAGAACCAGAGCUCAAGAUGGCGCAUAACCUACACAAGAUGUCGUCUUUACUGGGAGGCGCCCUAUUCAUUGCUGAUGACGUCUUCCCACAAACUUCCUACCUCCAUGCUGCCUGGCAUCUAGCUGCGGCACUGGGGGUCAGCACCUGCAACAAGCUUCUUGAGUGACAAAUGCAGGCAAGACAUGAGUACAAGACGUCCUUCAACCGUUGCUGGCGCUGCUGUUAUCAAAAAGCAGUUGAUAGUGAUUUUAUCGACCUGUCGACAUUACUCCUACUGUACAUUUGCAUUGUUUUUAAAUUGAGCCCAGACGUUGGAAACUCCUCUAGACAGAAUAGCACAUUAGAUGAUCCGGGCAUCAGUUUGUGCCCGUAUUUGUUGUAUGGUAUCAUGUUUCUGUGCCAACAGAUCUAGUAUGGAAGUUGGUGUAUAUAGACCAUAGAGAUGCUCAAACGUUUCUAUUCUGUAGAAACCAAUUGAAAUGCAGUAUCGCGUCCGUACAUUUUUUCCCCCUGGCA